GAGUCACUCGCGCUGACGUCAGUGGCGCUGUGAAAAUGGCCGAGUCGGAAGAGGAGGUGGAUGUCUUGGUUCAGAGAGUUGUCAAAGAUAUCACCAACGCGUUUAAGAGGAACCCGAACAUAGAUGAGAUUGGUCUGAUACUGUGCCCAGAGGCAAGAUACAACAGAAGCCCCAUCGUCUUGGAGGAGAAUAAACUAGGAGUGGAAAGCUGGUGCGUGAAGUUCCUGCUGCCCUACGUUCACAACAAGCUGCUGCUCUACCGACAACGCAAGCAGUGGCUAGACAGAGAGGCACUUGUGGACAUCACUUGCACACUACUGCUGCUAAACCCAGACUUUACCACAGCUUGGAAUGUCAGAAAAGAACUGCUUCAGUGUGGCGUGCUGAAUCCAGAGAAGGACCUAUACUUGGGAAAAUUAGCACUGACCAAGUAUCCCAAGAGCCCUGAAACAUGGAUACACAGGCGAUGGGUGCUGCAGAGGCUGCAAAAACAGUGUUCCUCUGGCUUUGGGCAAAAGGAACAGCAAGCCCAGGUCGAGGCCCAGGGAGAGGCUGAGAGGAGCCGGCAAAGUGAGCAGCUGCAGAGAGCACUGCAGGAGGAGAUGAAAGUAUGCACAGAAGCCGCUGGACGUUACCCCAGCAACUACAACGCCUGGUCCCACCGCAUCUGGGUCCUGCAGCACAUGGCCAAAGGCAAUCUGAAGAUUCUUCAUGACGAGCUCUCCUCCACGAGGCUCUGGGUAUCCAUGCACGUGUCUGACCACAGCGGCUUCCACUACCGUCAGUUCCUGCUCAAGGCUCUGCUGGGUGAGCUGGGUCAGUCGUGGGAGAAGCUACAGACCGGGAAUCUACACCUCCCUCCCCAUCCUCCAACUGACUCCCACCAGAUCCCCCACACUAACGGAGAGGGAACAGCGGGUGCAGUGGAAGACCCCCACAGCGCCAUCCCUCAGCUCUUCCACGAGGAGAUGGAGCUCUGCACUGACCUCAUAGAGUCUUACCCAGGCCAUGAGACACUGUGGUGCCACAGACGCCACGUAUUCUAUCUGUGGCAUCACUGGCGGAAGCACAGUCCGGCUGCAGGGGCUCAGUCUCUGGUUCUCACGCACACGGCCGCUCUGCUUAACGAGACGUCAGACCCACACGAUGAAGGCAGGAGCUUGCAGGCCAUGGACGUGGACUGCGUACCGGACAGCAACAAGCAUGGAGGCUACACGCAGGACACCAAGAGGCUGAAGAGAGGGCCUGUGCCGCCCUGUCCCGGCCUCUCCUCUGAACAUGUGUUUGUCUCCAGAAUCCUGAGCAGUUGCCGGAGCCCAGAGCAAGGGCGCUUCGCCAACGCGUACAGAAAGUGGCUGGACUCUGUCAUACGUCAGUAGCCCGGGGAGCGCUGUGCCCACAGGGAAGAGGGCAGAGCCUUGAUAGGUCAACUUGGUAUUUUGGCUCCACCCGCCUGAGAAACGCCCGCACUCUGAAAGUGGCCAAGCGGCCGGACUCAGGUUUGUCAGUGAGUGAAUUCCCCUUCAUAAUGGAAAACCAAUGAUGAGCCUUGACAGAGUGACACUCAUCUGAUUUGGCUGGUGGUCUGCAGUGUCCGCUUUAGUUCAGGUACUUGAUAUCUCAGGUCUGUUUUGAUAUUUUGUUUGUUGUAUGUACAACUUUUGAUAUCAUUUAUUCAUUCAUUUUCUUUUUCAAGUUUUGUUUGGUUUUCAUUUUGUUUGAUUUUAUUUUUUUCCUUUUCAUUAUUUUGUUAUUCUUCUCCCUUCGUCUUCCACGACACCUACAAAAGGCUGCAGGAUGUUCUUCUCAUCAUGAUGCUGCUGCCUUCAGUUGCAGAGUUCCUGUCUGUCGAGAGACUUCAGUGCACACUUUAGGGAAGUCUUGGAGCCCGAAGUGAUCAUGACCCAAUUUCUCCCUUUUGUUUAAUCAGGAGCGCACAGGGUCUGGAUGCCUGUCUCCAACUCCUCUCUGAGCUUUUGUACUUGCAUUUAAGAAUAUCAGAGCAUUUUUGCUGUGAUCAGAUUCAGCAGCUUUUUAGAGCACAAUCUGGGGUUUUUACUGAUUCUCAAAAGCAUUUAAAACAAUGAAGUCAGUGUAGCCUUUUGUGAUCAAGAUUUAUUACUACUUUUGUAUAGAGCUGAUGAACGAGCACUCGUGGGAUAUUAAGGUUUUAUUUGGGUCUCCUCAGUUGCUGUAUCAGUGGCUUUUGCCUCACAGAUUCAACUCUCUCUAUAAUCUCAUAGAAGCACAUUCAUUACACUCUAGAACAAGAAAUCGUAUGGCCGUAAAAAAUGAAUGUUGUUUAAUGGCAUUUAAGCACAAACUGUGUGACUUUUAUCCGCUUUUUUUUUUUUAGUUUGCUAUCACCCGAGCGUGGGUUUUCCUUAUGAAGGGGAAUUUCAGCAUAUGUAAUGCAGCGCAAGUCUUUUCUUCCACUCGUCUAAACGGGUGUGGAUGGUCUUAUCUUAUCUUAUGUUAUUAGAACCAGAACAAGCUACCAGUCUAAGUCUAACACUUGGUAAACAAAUGGUGCUUAUUUCUGCACCCACACAACAACAGCAACAAGGCUUUACCAGGCCUGGGUUGACAGAGAUGCUGCUUAUUUUUAACACUACUUAAGAAUUAUUAUAUUUAUGCAAAAAUGAAAAAAAAAAAUCUUAUUGGUGAUCAGUGGUAGCUUCACUCAUUUCCUGAUUUAUUACAGUUAGUAAACUCGUAGGCAGUAAGGUUUAUCCAGUCCUGCUGUAGUAAUUGCCAACUUCUUGUACUAGCUCCUAGAGAUUGAGCAAUUUUGUGUAAUAGUAGAUGAAGUGAUGUACAAACGCAUAGCCAGUACGAUCUUGUCAAGUUGUCACUUUCAGAUUUGCGCUUUAAGAUCACUUAACUGACUUUACUGCAUAUGCAAAACUAUUUCCUGGACAUUUUGGGAAGUUUUUUGACACUAAAACACUUAAUAUAAUGAUAUAAUCUGACAUUGUUUAGUAUGUUUAGAUCUCUAGAACUGCGGGAGCAGUAUGGCUACAGACUGAGGCUACAUCCACAUGUAUUUUAAUGUGUUCCCACUCAAACAGAAAUAAAAACCAAUGCCUGAACAUGCUAGCCCUGUAUAGGGUGAUAGUACCUCAUAAAGGGACAGUUUAUACAAGAGAUGUACUUAAAUUAAAAUACUUGACUAAAACUGAACAAAAUUAAACAAUUUCAGAAUAUUUAUUGAACACUGAAAGAUUUUUAGCAUAUCACCUGGUUGUGGUUUAAUCGUAACAUCAAAAAAAAACAUCAUUGUUUUGUAACAAAUUUUUCAGUCUUUUUUCUUCUUUUUUUCAGCACAAAAGGUUGGUUAUAAAAUCUUUGCUACAUCCCAAUCUAACUACAGGGGUUGGACAAUGAAACUAAAACACCUGGUUUUAGACCACAAUCAUUUAUUGUGGUGACGGACAGUUCUGGUGGAAACAGGUGAGUUGAGGUCCACAUUGAAUUCUGCCGUGAUUUGAUCAGCCGUGGUUUUAUGUUUUUUGGAUACAAUCCAGGUUAGCACCCGAACAUCCCUUUCAGACAGCUUCCUCUUGCGUCCACAGUUAAUCCUGUUGGAUGCGGUUGGUCCUUCUUGGUGGUAUGCUGACAUUACCCUGGAUACCGUGGCUCUUGAUACAUCACAAAGACUUGCUGUCUUGGUCACAGAUGCGCCAGCAAGAUGUACACCAACAAUUUGUCCUCUUUUGAACUCUGGUAUGUCACCCAUAAUGCUGUGUGCAUUGCAAUAUUUAAGUAAAACUGUGCUCUUACCCUGCUAAUUGAACCUUCACACUCUGCUCUUACUGGCGCAAUGUGUAAUUAAUGAAGAUUGGCUACCAGGCUGCUCCAAUUUAGCCAUGGAAACUCCCACACUAAAAUGACAGGUGUUUCAGUUUCAUUGUCCAACCCCUGUAUAUGUGUAAGUCUUUUAAAUACGGACCUUUUUAGUCUGUUUUGGGCCCUUAUCCACAUUAAGGGCACUAUAAACAGAGCUUUUCUAUGUGGAGAUUUUGAUUGCUCUGUUUUUAGUUUCUCUUAAGACUCCAUAAGUACACUACCUUGGAAUAUUUUUAGAUGUUCGAAUUGUCUCUUCUUAUGGGGUAUUAUCAUCAUACAGGCCUAGCUCAUGGUCAUGCAAGAGUGUUCAUCUUAGUGUGGAUGGAAAUACUUUAAAAAAUGAAGGAAUGGAAGUCUCAGUUUUGUUUAAAAAAGCAAUUUGUCUGUAGAGCCUAAUCCUGCUGGGUUAGAAUUGAGGGGAAAGUUCCUACUGACCAUAUAAAUGUUUUAUUUUGUUGUUGUUGUUGUUGUUGUUGUUGUUGUUGUUGAGGGCUAGGCUUAAGCUGUGCCUAAAAAUCUGGGUCUUAGAAAGAAUAGGUUUAAGUUUAGGUUUAUGUAUCAAAUUCAAUUGUAUCAUUUAUCUUAGGAAAUAUUUGCACAAUUGCACAGUGAAUAUAUACUUAUGUACACAGCAUUUUGCCUCCAUCUUCCUGUAGUGACUUUUCUCUAGGGCUAUUUCAGUUCGGCAUCGGAUAUCUGGCCUUUCUGGAGUGUCUCUCUCGCACCAUGUUUGCUCUGAGGUGCUGUAGCAGUCUGAAGUGGUUGGUCGCUGGUUCUUCGCUUGGCAAUAAAGUCCAUUCUUCCUUCACUUCACUUCACUUCACAUUCCUUGUAUAGCCAAAUGUGUUUAAAGCUAGACUGCCUUCUAUCUAUUGUCUCUUGGCAAAAGGAAACCUAUUUUGUGUUCAUGUGUGUCAUCAGGUGCUCAUAUGUCUCAUUAUAUCAGACUUCAUCAUAGGAUUUUUUUUGUUGUUGUUUUUGCUGGUUCUGUCCUCAACACAAAGACUGGGAAUAUGUAUGGUUUAGUAGCUGAUGUAGAUAAGAUACUUUGAUGAAGGAUAGCUUUAAACAGUAAUCAAGUCUUGUUACACUGAGGUUCACAUGCUUAAAAUGAGUGACUUGUGUUAUUGGGUUUCUUUGCACCAAAUUAAGACUCGUCAUGUCAUUCUGAAUGAAAGGUCUUCUUGUUACAUGCCUGUUACUUGAAGCAGUUGUCUUCUUGUUUCUGGUAAGUUGAGGUUUUGUACCCCUCGUUUUGUAGUUUGUUUAGAAAUGUUUGGAAUUCGACAUGUUUGUGUCUUUUUUUUUUUUCUUUUUUUUUUUUUUUGUGCUUCCGUGGGCCAAACUGGCACAAAAAGGUGAAUAAAUAUUGGAACAAUAUAGGGCUGGCUAUUAAAAUCCUAUACUUUUAUGAUACUAUCUAAAUUUUCUACUUUUAGUAGUUUAAAGUAUAAAAACAAAUUCCUAGGCAUUAAGUCUAGAGGUGGUCAAUAUAAUGAUAUUUUAUUGUAUUUAGAAACAUACUUAUUUAAGCUUAUUGAGAAUACCAUCAAUCAUUUAAAGUGACCCAACUCCACGUUUUAUUAAAAAGAGUGUAAUUUAGUCCAGGAUAAUUAAGGACAGGAUAAUUAGAAUAAAAAUGACUGUGCUCUUAUAAAUUAAAAUGGUAGAUUUUAAGAUAUGUCAGUACUGACAGUACUGAUAUAUUGUGAUAUAUUUUUACCAUAUUGCCCAGGCCCCAUUAAGUCCCAAAUUCCACCAUAUAAUAAUCAAUACUAUCAGCAGCUUAGUUUGCAAAUACUUAGUCUUUUCUGGUAUAGACCACACCUACUUUUGAUUUGCGGUUAAAUAAAAAAAGUUGCUGAAUUGAAUUUAUGUUAUCGGUAUCCCGUUUCGUUAUCGGUAUCACUACUGAAAAAUUGUGAAUAAUACCCAGCUCUACUCCUGGUUCUUUUUUCCAUCUAUUCUUUUUUUCUUUUUUUGCAUUUUGUGCCACUGCUGUACAAGUUCUGUCACUAUAUUGACUACCUGCUCAGUGACCUAUACGAGAGCCAUCACGCAGAGUUGGCUACAUGAAGGCUUGUCUAGAUGAGCUCUCAAUAUUAGUCUUAUCUCUUCAGGGCUUCCACCUUAACUCUAAUCCAUUUAUCCUUCUCAAUGUUUUUAAAAAGUUCUAAUGUUAACUGCUUUAAGUGUAUUAAUUUAUGGUGUCUUAAAGAAGCUAAAAAUGUAAAAAUGUUUGCGUUUUGUGUUUGAAUUUGUUUUCUUCUUGCAUCACAUCUGUGGAUCGAAUGCCGUAACGCAACAUGUGAAGAGCUGAGGUGAAGUGCGCUGGUACAUCUAUGCAGAUACAUACAUACAUUCUCAUAAUUAUUUUAUCAAAUGUUGGGAAAAGGAAGAAAUUUAGUUUUGUUUUAGUUUUUUUCCUUCUCAUGUAUUUUAGGUAUGUUUACAUAAGGUACUGUAGGUUUUCUUUUUGGCUCAACCACAAUAACAAAUCUAGCAUCUCAUUCAUGUGUUUAUAUAUUUAUUCUUAGAUUAAAAAGAUCUGUAUCCACAAUAAAUGUUUGUCAGUUGCCUACCACAGGAAAUAAAAUUUCUCUUGAAAACAAUC